GUGUCGCGCUUCUAUCACGCUGCCGGUGACGCCCGCCCCACUUCCCCCUCGCAUCCUCCUCCGUCGAGACACUUUUAUUGCAUUUUUGAAUGUACACGCGUGGAUUUGGAAACACAUUGGGGACUCCUGGCAUCGCGCGUUAUCUCUUGUCAUCGGGUAGGCGGACAAGUAGCAUUGAAGCUAGGAUCGAAUAAAACCGCACCGGCGCGCUGUGGGUGUUAAUGAAUCAACCCGCGUGAAGUGGAUCUUGUAUUAAAUCUUGCUGUGUAGAUUAAAGGUGACGAAUGACACCCUGCGUUGAAGCCAGUCCACACUCUUGGACGUGAAGCCUGCACAUCACUGGACGUCUAAUUCAGUAGAGUCCUUUGCUCUACGUACUCCUGCAAUGAUGUAGACAUGAUCAGCACCAUGAUGUGUGAGGUGAGACACGCCGUGAAGAGCAGAAGUGGAAGCAGCAAUUGAUUCUCUCCUCCUGGUACACCACACCUGCAUCUUCAUGUCUGUCCCGAUUGGUUGGAAGUGCCAUGUCGUCAGCCACACCCACUGCGAUCCCAUCCUUUAGGAAGGGAAGGAAGGUGGAGAAAUCAGAGGUAAUGGCUGACCCAGUUCAGGCCACCAACGAGGAGCUUAGGAGCAAAAUGAUGGACAUCCAGAUUGAGCUGCAGCAGGAGCGGGGCAAGGUGUGUAAGCUGCGUGAGCGACUCCAGGAGCAGCGUCAAGCUCGGGAACUGGAGCAACACAAGCACGCUGUGGCACUGACUGACCUGCGCGCCAAACUCCACGAGGAGAAGCUACGCGAGACCGCAGCGGCGCGCGAAGCUCUCGCACGGCAGCACGAAGCGGAGCUGGCUAGGACUAUUAAGAUCCGUGACACUGAAGUGCAGAGGCUCCAAGGACUGGUGCAUGCCCUGAGAGACGGAGCUGCGGACAAGCUAAAAAAUGCUCUUCUCGGAGAGGCUCGAGAAGAGGCCAGGAGAGCUUUCGAUGGCGAGCGACUAAAGCUACAACAAGAGAUCCAAGAACUAAAGGCAGCCAAGAAGCAGGCUGACGAGACGCUGGCCAAUGCUCUUCAAGCCGAUAAAGCCAAAGCAGCUGAUCUGAGGACAGCUUACCAGCAGCACCAGGAUGAAGUGCACCGCAUCAAACGUGACUGUGAGAGAGACAUUCGAAGACUGAUGGAUGAGCUAAAGGCCAAGGACCGUGUAGUGUGUGCCUUGGAGAGAGAGCUUGGGAUGCAGGCGGGUUACACCCAGAAACUCCAGCUACAAAAAGAAGCAUUGGAUGAGCAGCUAGUUCACGUACGAGAGGCCGAAAGACACAAUCAUGGCAGCCCAAAGAGAGAGGUGGUGCCUGGGUUCGGGGAAAACAUGGACCUGCUCAACAACCAGUUUUUGUACUCUACCUCCCCUCUUCCCCCUGCUUCCCAGGAGGCGGAGGAGCGUGACACGAGAAGGUUUCAGCUCAAGAUAGCAGAGCUCCACUCCGUCAUCAGGAAGCUGGAGGACAGAAAUGCGCUGCUGGCUGAUGAGAGGAAUGAACUUCUGAAAAGAGUUCGAGAGGCUGAGAGCCAGAUGAAGCCCAUGUUUGAAAAGACCAAGCGCCUCUCCAAGAAGAACGAUGACCUCCUGCAAACACUGCAGCGAAUGGAGGAGAAACUUAAAAACUUGAGCCGGGAAAAUGCUGAGAUGAAGGAAAAAGCUUCCCGUCCCCCAUUGCAGCACCAAACCCAUCAAAAUCAGUUGAAACGGCCCAGCUCCCUGACAGACUUAAGCCAUGCCCACGAAGAGCAGGAAGUCGAGUUCCUCAAACUUCAAAUUGCAGAACAACGUGGCAUCAUCGACGAACUCACUCAGGAACGUGAGCGUUUGGUGAUGGGCAAAAAAACAAGGAGAAAACCUCUCAAAUUAACCAAAAGGCAUGUUGUGGAGACAUAUUUUGGAUUUGAUGAGGAAUCUAUUGAGUCUGAAACCUCCUCUUUGACCUCCUUUAACACUGACCUCACUGAUCGUACACCUGCUACUCCAGAGGAGGAAUUAGAGGAGAGUGUCUCUCGAGAGGAGUCGGAGCUUCGGUUUCGUCAGCUCACCAGAGAAUACCAAGCUCUCCAGCGGGCCUAUGCCCUCCUACAAGAGCAGACGGGAGGCUCUCUUGAUGCCGAGAGGGAAGCCAGGACACGUGAGCAACUGCAAGCGGAGCUCAGUGGCUGUCAGGCCAAGAUUGUGGAUCUGGAGAAAGUUCUGGUGGAGCGGGGGCAGGACUCAAAAUGGGUGGAAGAGAAGCAACAUUUACUCAGGACGAACCAGGAACUUCACGAGAAGAUGUGCGACCUGCAGCAAGCAGAGUCGCGGCUGCAGGCUGAACUUCAGGAUGCUCGAGACCAAAACGAGCUACUGGAAUUCCGGGUGCUGGAAUUGGAAGAGAGAGAACGAAGGUCUCCUGCCCUCAAUCUUCACAUGUCUGCAUUCCCUGAGAACAGUAGCAGCGCCCUACAGCUCUACUGCCGCCAGGAGGGAGUCAAGGAUGUAGUCAUUCCCGAACUGAUGAAGAAACUGGAUAUCCUUGGAGAUAACGGGAAUCUCCGUAAUGAGGAGCAGGUUGCAGUGAUCCAGGCUGGCACGGUCAUAGCUUUGUGUGAAAAGGUGAGCCUUAGAACUGCUGACCAUGGUUCAUGUUGGUGGCAUAAAAUUAAAACGCAUCUAAUAGUUUUUUUUCUUUCUCUUACUUUGCAGUGGUUAAAACAGGUUGAUAACACAGAGGCCGCUCUGACGCAAAAAAUGAUUGACUUGGAAAAUGACAAGGAGCUGUUUAGCAAGCAGAAGGGUUUCCUUGAGGAGGAGUUGGACUAUAGGAAGCAGGCCUUGGACCAGGCUUACAUGAGGAUCGAGGAGCUGGAGGCCACGCUGUAUAACGCUCUGCAGCAGGAGCAGCCAUCGUGCCAGGCGGUGGCCGAGUCCCUGACUGACAGGCAGAAGGAGGAGCUGAGGCUCGCUGUGGACAAGCUGCGGCGUCAGAUUCUCCGGCAGAGCCGGCAGUAUGACAGUCAGAUCUUACAGGAGCGUAUGGAGCUCCUACAGCAGGCCCAGCAGAGAAUUAGAGAGCUGGAGGACAGGAUCGACUUGCAAAAGAGACAAAUAAAGGAAAUAGAAGAAAAGUUUUUGUUCCUCUUUUUGUUUUUUUCUUUAGCCUUUAUCCUUUGGCCUUAAUGAACAUGACUGUACAACCACAUCAGGUGUUAAGUUGCUGCAGAGCCAAGAGAGGACAAAACAACAACUUUUUUAUGCAUUUGUAGACUGCUCAUGAAAACCCAAUGGCCUUUUUCUAUGUGCACUUUUUGCAGAAGAAAUCACCUGCAAGCACGCAAAACAAAUAAUUUUAUAUAUACGAGAUGCAAGAUUUAUUUAUAAAGAGACGACUAAAUGACUGCUAUGCUGGUAUUCGAAGCUGGAACUAAACCUUAGAUUAGCUGUUUGAUGCACACAAUUUGGAUUUAUAGAAAAACACUAGAUUAGAAGCACUACGGCAGAGGGAGAUGGCCACAAGAGAAGAGGAUUAAAGUGCAGAGCAGGAGGGAGGCGACAAGUUAAGGAUUCUGGCAAAGUAUCACGACUGGGGUGUUUCUAAGGAAACGGCAGGGCAACGCGCGUUUACAAAGCUGCUCAGAUGAAUUUACUAGCUCAUGUUUGCGAGGAGAAGAAGAAACAACCGUCAGUGCAACGUUGCAAGGUUA